CGCAGAGGGCGGGGGAGCGCCCUGUUGUGGUGAGGCGCAUCGGGCGGGCGGCGGCCGGGGCUGCGGCUGCCGGACUCCGGGCGCAGCGGGCGGCCGCGGGGUGGGGCGGGCCGGGCGCGCCGCGGGGUCGAGCCUAGGCCCCGCGCGGAGGCCGCGCCACCCCGGGGAGCGGUCCGGCGACGAGUUUGCCCCGUAGCCCGAAGAAGGCGGGAGCCGGCGGGGGCCUUCGAGACCCUCCGGCCACCAGGACUCGCGGAGCCCCGGGGCCGCCGGGCGGACGCCCCGCUGCCACCGCCGCCGCCCGCCUACAGUCCGGGCCCCUGAGCCGGGAGCCCCGGCCGGGCCCUGAGAGCGACGGGCCGGCCCCCGGGGCCUCGGGCAGACAGGCGGGAGCGGGCCGGGGCGCGGGGCCUGCGGGGGCGCCGGGCGCGACGGGGAGAUGAACGGCUUCAGCACCGAAGAGGACAGCCGCGAAGGGCCCCCCGCCGCCCCCGCCGCCCCGGGCUACGGCCAGAGCUGCUGCCUCAUCGCGGACGGCGAGCGCUGCCUGCGGCCCGCGGGCAACGCCUCCUUCAGCAAGCGCGUGCAGAAAAGCAUCUCGCAGAAGAAGCUGCGGCUGGACAUUGACAAGAGCGUAAGGCACCUGUAUAUCUGUGACUUCCACAAGAAUUUCAUCCAGAGUGUACGAAAUAAAAGGAAGAGGAAGACAAGUGAUGAUGGUGGUGAUUCUCCUGAACAUGAUACUGACAUUCCCGAGGUUGAUCUGUUCCAGCUGCAGGUGAACACUCUACGACGCUAUAAACGACACUACAAAUUGCAGACCAGACCAGGCUUCAAUAAAGCCCAGUUAGCAGAAGUAGACUGUCAGCCGACACUUCAGGAACAUACCUGUGAAUGAGAAGGAGACCCUGGCCUACUUCAUCUACAUGGUGAAGACUAACAAGAGCAGGCUGGACCAGAAGUCAGAGGGCAGCAAGCUGGAGUGAGGGCAUAGUGCCUCUACAAGGAAUGGAUGUAAUCCUAGACCUCCAGGUGACUCCUGCCAGGGAUAAGCCCAUAAGGACCGUUAAAUUUUAUUGUAAAUAAAAACUUUGAAUGAUGAAUACUGUAAAUCUUUGUGGUCAGGAGGAUUGUAUACUUAUGAUUCAGCAUGUGUGUACAAAGACUUUCAUUUAAGACAACUCCUAGACUGAAAAACAAGCUCACUGAAAAAAAAUGAAAGAAAAACCUAUGUAUUACAGCAUCCAACAAAGCAUUAAGUCGAUUCUACUGGAAAUGUGGGAGAGGAGUGUCUGGGCAGUCACCUUCUAAGACUGUGUAGCCCUGAGUGAGACAGUGGGGAAAGUGGUGAUGGGCUGUUGGUGUUGCCCAUGCAUGAGCUGACUGGCCCCCUACUGGCGCACAGACACCCCCUCUUUGUAGAAAGCUGUGUUGCUUAUCGGCAGGUCAAUGUGGCACUGGUGCCUUUGCUGGCCUGUUCCUGGUACCCAGUGGGCACUCAGUAUCUGCUGGCUGACCAAGCUGUCAUUGGUGCUGCCAGCACCUGCUUCAACCCUCCUGUUCAUGAAACCGCUGCCCUUUUCUGUCGCUUAUCAUGUACCUUCCAGAGUGUGGAGGAGAUCUUAAUGUGCCAGCAGAAGUGAUCAGGCCGGAAGUGGACUUCUGGGCAGCGGCCUGUGCCGAGCCACAUGUGUGGAGGCUCCAGAGACUCCAGUGCUGACAGUCUCACAGACAAGUCUGCAUGCACCUACCCCUCCAUCUCUGGGGUAAACUGUUGUGAAUUCAGGCCUUAUUCUGGGCCACAAGUGACAGGGUUGGGAGUAUAUAUUAAAAGGUUGGGGGCCAGUGUUUUCAGAAGUACAAGUCCUUAGUUAACAAUUACUAAGGUAGCCGCCCAAGAUCAUGUGGUUUGUUUGUGAUACCUGCUCAGAAGUCUAGCACUGGGGUGGAAAGUCUGACUUGCCCUGUCCUCUGGGCCUCAGGAGUUUGAGCAGCAAAGGUCAGUGCCAUCUGAUGCUCAUUUUAUGAGUGCUUUUGACUCCCUUUAGAGGGGAAAGAUAGCUAAAAUGAUUUUUAAUUAUUCAUAAUACCUGAUUUUUUAUGUUAAAAAAUUCAGAUCCUUCUAUCUAAUUAUGUCAGAGCCAAAGUAUCCUUUGAAAAAAAGCUUUAUAUCCAAAAGCAUGCUUUUGCAAAUUUUUCUAAUCAGUGUUUUAGACAGAGGGUGUAGGUAAGGGCUGGGGAAAAAAGAACUUGCAUUUUAACUUCUGACAUACACUGUCAUACACUGUUGUCAAGAAGUAAUUGGUUUAUCACCCAGUUUCAGUUCUGAGCUCUUAAGCCUUAAGGAAUCAAAGGAGCAGCAGCUGCCCCAACUGGCUGAGAAUUAGUGUCUCAGAGCUGGCCUCACUUGACCAUCCACACAGGGGUCGGCACUGAGUGGCACUGUACAAGGCAGUGGUACAUCCCAAGCUCUGGCUUCUCUGGUGCAGAGUCACACAUUUGGAUGGACAUGCUGCCACUUGCACCGGAAUAUGGUGUCUGUUGCAGCCAAGCUUCUCCAGUGUUCACAGUGCAUGUCUAGCAGAUUGCAGCCUUUUAAAUAUGUGUAAAUGAAUGUACAUAGAACAUCCUCCCAGGGGGCCUUCUCUUAGCACACCUCCUGGCUGUGGACAGCAUGGCAGGUGCUCUCCAAAUAUUCUCAGCGAGGAUUUAGAGAUGUCUCCUUACUUAGAGCUGAGGGCCCCUGAUCUGCAGCAGCCAGGAGGCUCAGUGGUGUGGCUUUUCCUGAGAGACCAAGUCAGGAGUUCUGAAGACUUCGCCUACCUGCCCGCUGGGUGGGUGGGAGCAUUUUCUCAUCAGGCUGGGCUUGGGAGCAGGUAGGGCUUGAAGGUUACAGAAGUGGUAGCCUGCUCUCUGGAAUCAUCCAUUUCUUAAUUAGAAAGACAAGUGAACCUUUCUGAUGUUGAAAUGAAAAUCGUUGCUGUGUAGGUCCUGUCCCUGUGUCUCUAACAAGUCAGCAGCACAUUUUUGUACAAGAUAUGUCAUUUGCACCCCUCUGUCUGCAUGUGUUUGUUAAGAGCUCUCGUUCCAGAGGGGCAUCUGGGGAUCCUGCCUGUCUCCAAUAAGAUACUGGUAUCUUUUCAACUUUUGAGAUCAGGUCAGGUGAGAGAAAAGACAAAGCUGUCUGAACUUGGGUUUUCCUUAUGUGCAGAAAUCUGUUCUUUCAUCAAACCACUGAACCACUUGCCUUAGCCUCCUGUGCAGUUUCCCAUGGUUUGGCAUGCCUGGCAUAAGUGGCCAGGCCCUCCAGAGCCACCAGGCCUGGCAAGCAGGGGGCAGUGGGCUUGAGGAGCAAUGUUCCUCCUGGCUGCCUGCGUUUCUUUACCAGCAGGUCUCUUCACCUAUCACAUGCAGCUUUGCCUUCUCUUGGUGCUCCUGGCAGAACUGGAAUCCAAAACCCAGAACCAGUAUCACGUCCUGCCUCAGUUCUGGCUGGUCAGGGUACUUUUAUAAGCCUGGAACAUUGUCUUAUGGAGAUGUCACUAUCCUGCCAUUCAUGUUGCUCUGAUUCAAGGUUGAUGUUUGUUUUUGUUUUUAAUACAGAUUUAGUUUGGUGGAAUCCUCUUAGGUUGGCAACAGCAUGUGAGAUCUUAGUUUAGUCCCAUGAAAGACUGAAAGCCAAAGGAUUUUAACCCAUUCUUAUGAGAUGAAGGGAAAUCUCUCUUUACACAUUAGCACCUCCAAGAUGUGAGGUGCCCCUGCCCUGGCUUGACAUUCCCCCCUUGCUCUGCAAAGUCAGCAGUGUUUGCACCUAGAAAGUAUUAUCAAACCAUGGCAUUUCAGCUGUUUGGUGUGAGCCUUCUGUUUAAGUCUUGAAGGUAUCUGCCUAGUGGGAGGGAUUCCUGCAAUGCAGCUCAUGGAGGGUGUUUCAUUCUCACAGUGAUAGGAUUCUGCAGUUAGGAAGGACUUCUAAGUCAUCCAGUCUAGUCUCCCCAUAGGUGCUGCAAUCCUGCCCACAACUGUUUCACCCAGAGUCUAAGCAGCCUGGGCUUACCCACCUCUGAGGGCAGAGAACUCACUACCUCCUGGGAAGCCUGCUGUCUCUGCCAACCUCAGCUAUUCUGUGCUCACUUUCAUUUCCAUCUCAGCCUCUGCCCAUGGGGGCCAUGGUGGGACAAACCCCACUUGGCUGGCACUGCCCCAAGACCCAGGUGUGCACUGUAAGGAAGGGCACACUGGGUCCCAACUCCUCCCCUCAGUUUGGGCUGAUUUUGUUCAUCUUUUGGGGAAUGUUGAGAAAACAUUCAUGCUGAGAGGUCAGCCUGGGUGCUUACCUAUUCUUGCUGACACUCCCAGAGGGGGUUGCUACUGCUGGGGGCGGGGGGGGGGGGGGAAUAUGUAAGUCUUGAUCUUCUACCCCUGGUUUUGCCCCCUCAAAAGUAGAUGCUCCUGUCAUUUUGGGUUUUAAGACAUUGUUGCUCUGUGACCUUAAGAUUCCUGCAAGCACUUCAUACCUUGAGAAAACGUUCAGGGAGAAGGUGAAGUACCGCAUUGUCUCUAUAUCAGAACAAGUGCCAUGUUUUCAAGCUGGAAAGCCUGAGAAAGUUACAGUUGCCAGUUCAUUCAUUUUCAGAGAUGGAAAAAGCCACUCGACUUGGUUGUCUGCUCACUAACUUUGCAGCUAGAUGUGAGCACACCCUCAAGCCCUGCAGCUGAGUAGAGCUUCCCAAGGCCUGCCUGGCCCCCACAACUGUCUGUGCAGCUCUGGCUGAGCGAUCUGAUUAGGACAGCAACCAGUCAAGAUUGUAUAAGGCAUGGCCAGGGAGAACAGACCUAGCCUGUAAUUUCAGGUCAGGGCUUGAAAACGUGGCAGGAGAUGAAAUGUUGUCCUGGGCUUCAGUGGUCAUGUAAGGGACCUGGAUCAUGAUCUAUUGACGAGACUUCUGGGGGGCUGUGCCUGAGUUCUUGGCUGGUCACACAGUAGAAGGCUGUCCUGGGAGGUGGAUAGUUUUGUCAUUAGGCUAUUUCUGAGUAAGGGGGAAGUUGGUGUGCAGUUCAAGAUGGAAUCCAGCCUUGUCUGAAGGUUGGAGUGUGUCCCCUCACUCCCUUUACCCAUCCUGCCUCUUACCCCGACCCCCUUGUUGCUGUUACACAGCACCCACUCUGCCUGUGACAGAUGCUGUUGCCCACAUUGCCAUUCGACAUGCCAUCCAAGUCCAGGUGUGUUUCUUUCCAUGUUGUAACUGCCUUAUUGAAAAGCAAGUGCCCUUCCAUCCCAGGCCUCCUCAUGCAUACUGUACUUGUUUCCUGCCAAAUGUGGGGGAUCAUAUGUAUUUAAUUUUGUAACCUCUGACUCUGUACUGUUGAAAGGCUUGCGACUGUGAGUACUCUUCAAUGUGUGUGACAUUAAAUGUUGCAGUAUCACGAUACAGCCCACCUUCUGCUCUCAAUAAACAGUCUGAAUGAGUACCAGGA